CCCGUCACACACUGCUUCUGCUUGACUUUCAUAAACAAAUCUCUCAAGCAUUCCUUCAAGAUUUACAAUCAACCGUCUUCAAUACAAUCAUGGCAGCACCCAGAGCCAUGGCGCUCUGCCUGAUUGAGGUGGCGCUGCUCAUCUAUGCGGCGGCCGCAGCGACGUCUUACAGCAACCACACGGUGGGGGGAGAUGCCGGCUGGUUCUUCAACUCCACCACCAAUAAGACUUCUGCUGACUAUAAUGCUUGGGCUGCCAACCAGACCUUCAAUCUUGGAGACUAUCUGAUUUUUAACACAAACACGAAUCAAACCGUGAUCCAGACCUACAACACAACGACUUACAAUAGCUGCAGCAUGGACGACUCAUUAGACACCGAUACAUUUCAGUAUGAUGGGGGCAACAAUGAAUUUGGGAGCGCUGUGGUUAUAUCCGUACCCUUGACCAUCGAGGGGACACAAUACUACUUCUCGGAUGCUGAUGAUGGUAAACAAUGCCAACACGGAAUGGCCUUUGAGAUCAAGGUGACCCACGGGCUCGGCCUCCCCCCAAGCCUUAACCAACCACCACCUCCACCGUAUGUUCCGCCACCAGAACCAGCAGACCAGGCACAAACGCCACCAAUCACGGUUGUGACUAGUCCUCCAAGUGGUGGGAUGAGGACUAGUGCUAACUUCAGUUGGUUGCUUUUGGUUCUUGUUUUAGUCUCAUUCUUGGCAUGAUGAAACGAGUAAACUCUUCGGGUGUGACAACACCAAAUGAUCGGAAAUUAAGUCAAAUGACCCUAUGAUUCCAAAUAUAUGAUUUUUUCUUUUUUUUUUUUUUUUGGAGAGUUGAAAUUUUGGGAUCUUGAAAUAAUAACUUUUUUGUUGUUUGAAUAUACUCACAUGACAAGAAAAAGUGAUGAACUUUGCA